AACACCUCUGCUCUACUCUGCUCAUUCUUAGCUUCACUCUCCAUCGUCGCUCCCUGCGUUCUCUCACUGGCCGUCGGCUUCUGCAUCUUACCGUCGUUUCAUCGGUGCUACUGUACAUCCGUUUGAGGCUUUCAGAGCUUUUUGGUGCAUAUUUGGUGCAUAUCUGGUGCUUGAGCUGCCAUGGGUUUUGAUAUCGAGUGCAUAAUUGAUAUUCAUUCCUAUCCAGGGGAAUACUUUUGCCCUGUUUGUAGAACGCUUGUUUAUCCUAAUGAAGCGUUUCAAGCACAAUGUACCCACCUAUACUGCAAAGCAUGUUUAGUGCACAUUGCAAAUGGUAGCAAGGCCUGCCCUUAUGAUGGAUACCUGGUGACAGAACCUGAUUCCAAGCCUCUAGCAGAGUCUGACAAAGCUCUAGCCGAAAAGGUUGGGAAAGUUAGGGUACACUGCCUCUACUUCCGAAGUGGAUGCUCAUGGGAGGGUACUCUAUCUGAUUGCCCAUCCCAUUGUGCUGGGUGCUCCUUUGGAAAUUCUCCCGUUAUAUGCAACAGAUGUGGCAUCCAGAUUAUCCAUCGUCAAGUGCAAGAUCAUGCACAGAUUUGCCCUGGCGGUUAUGAUGGGCAACAGGCUGUAGCUUCAUCAGGCGUAACCAGAUCUGUCACAACACCGAUGGCAGUUACUGCUGUAGCGAACCAGACUAUUGCUCAAUCAGGAGUACCUCAGACCCAGAAUCCUCAAAAUGUUUCUGCGACACAGUUACCCGGGCAAAAUGCUAAUCUGCAGGCAAAUGUCCCUCCUGCUGCUCCUGCUGCUAUGCCAGCACCAGAUCAGUGGUAUCAACAACAGUAUCAACAAUAUUAUCAGCAAUACUCGGGAUAUGAUCCUUACCAGCAGCAACAUUAUUACCCUCCUCAGCAACAACAAUUUCAACAGUACCAGCAACAUGUGGUGCAAGUGCAGGGUCAACACCAGUCUCAUGUCUACUCCCAGGCUGUAGUGCCACCCCAGCCGCAAGGCCAAGCCCCAUCCCAGGCCCAAGUGCAGCCACAACCACACCUGCUGCAGCUUCAGCCACCUCAACAGAUCAACCCCGUCGGUCAAGCUUCUCAACAGCCUCAUCUGCAACUGCAGGCUCAACCACCACCUCAGCCUCAACUCCAAAUGAUGCCGCAGGCUCAGGCACAACUUCCAUCUCAAGGGCAGGCCCAGGCUAAUGCACCCGGUCAAUCUUUAGCUCCAAACUAUCAGAUUCACCCACAGCAACAACCUCAUCGACCUCAAACUCAGAUUGCUCAGCAGGCGCUACCACCACCUCCUCCACAGCCACCUCAGUUUCCCCAGGCAGUAGGAACGCGGCCUCCUGCACAGCAUGCACAGGUGCCUCAACACCAGCAAGGUCAAGGGCAGAUUCAUCAUCCUCAAGGUUCCCAUGUACAACCCCAAAUGCAUCCUCAAACUCAAGGCUAUGUGCAACCAUCAAGCCAGUCAAAUGUUCAGAGUCAACCCCAAGCACAACAUUAUCAGUCACAUCCUCAACAUCCUGCUUUCCAUUCUCAAACAAACCAGCCUGCAGUGCCGGCCGCCCCUCCUCUGGCUCUGCAUCCACCACCUCGUCCUGUAAGUGGGCACCAUUCAUACCAACCACCACAGACAGCUCAGAAAAUGCAUACAGGAGCUCCACAGCAGCAUGCUGUGCUUCCAUAUCCGACUAGUGGGUCUAUGCAUUCAGUUCAAGGAUAUGCUCAAACCCUGCCGCAACCUACACCUUUACAGCCACCCCAAUCUCACAGUUCAUUUUCCCAGCAGCAGCCAUCUGCACCGGUGCCGCUGCAAAAUCAGGUAGCUGGCAUUCCUCAUGCACCGCACCAGCAGUUUCUACCUCAUGGACAACAACCUACCCCUCCAAUUCAGCAUCGUCCUGUCAUGCAGCCACAACAAGGACCCCCUCAUAAUUAUGCUCAACAGCAGCAGUUUGCUGCCUCAUUUCAAGGUCAGUUGCACCAGCAGGGACAUCUCCCUCAACAGCCACAUAUUCAAUCUCAGAUGCAGAUGCGUCCACCUGGUCCCCCUCAACCACAACAAUCCCAAAACUAUCCUGGGACUGCUUUGAUGCCAAAUCAGGGGAUACCUCCUCCAAGCCAACAUAUGACAUCUGGUGGUUUUGGUGCUUCCACUCAUUCUGGACCUGCCCAUGGAGGUUCAACUCAGUCAUCUAUCAGUCAAAAUCAGAAUCAUGCAAAGCCUGCCGAACUUCAGCAGAAUGCAACUGUUAAAGAAAUUAGAUCUCCUGAAAAGGAACCGGCUGAAAAAGGAUUUGAAGGUGACUCCCUGAAAGAGGAAAUGGGGACCGGAUUUAAUGGAACACUGGUCCAGGAUGCUGAUGAUUCAGCAAAGGAUGGUUCAGUGAAGUCUGUUACCAAGCAGGAGAAGGGUGAUCUCAUGGGUUUGAGGGAACAAGCAAAUGAAGGGGUGGAAAAUGAAAACCGCAAAGAAGACGUCCGGACAUUGUUAGAUCCUGUUCCACUGAAGCAAGCAGACCCUGAAACUGUCAUGAAGCUGUCAAAAACAGCUGGAAUAUCAUCUGGAAAUUUUGGUAAUGAAACUGUCUCAGAUAUCUCUAUCUCCAGUGCAGAAGGGAAUGUUUUACCCCCACGUUCUCAUGGUUUCCACCAAGAAAGGUCUCAAGCACAAGGGCAGGGGCAGCCUUCAUCAACAGUUGGGGUGCAAGGUCCAGGAGCUUUGCAUCAUGCCGGGCAAUCAGUUAACUUAAGUGAAGGGAAGGUGCUGGGAAAUCUGGGUGGUCUACCUAAGAGCUUUGAAUCGCUAUCUGAGACACGUGGGACUAUGGGAAAACCUCCCUUUGAAAGUCAAUAUGGUUCCCAACAUGUUAGGCCAAUGUCGAGCGAUCAUAUGCCAGGUUCUGGUGAAUGGCGCUCCCUCACCAAAUCUCAUACCGACGAGCCGAAUAUUAGAAUGAAUGGGGGUGCAGCUCCUGACCCUUCUAUGUUUGGUUCUAGAGAUGAAAAUUCAAAUCAAAUGUCCAAGGAGCCAACCCGCACAUUUGACCAAGCACCAACGUUGCUUGAUAAACCACUCCAUGGGCAUAGUUAUGAUGCUGUAUCUAAGUUGGAUCCCAGCGCUACAGGCCCAUAUUCAAGAUUUGUGCCACAUGAUCAAUCUGGUGGACCUGUGCAUGGGGAUAUGUUUGGUCCCGGGCCUGAAUUUGGCCAUCGUAUAAAGCCAUUUCCUUAUCAUAGUCCUGGCAGGGAUUAUCCUGGCUCGCCAUCCCGUCGAUUUGGAGGCCCCUCAAGCUUCCCUCGUGGCAAUUCAGCUUUCGAGGACCAUAAUUCCAGGGAAGCACAUAGAUUCGGAGAAGGAUCCAGGUCUUUCAAUCUCUCUUCUGAUUUGGUUAGAAAUCAAUUUCGUGACGACAGGUUUCCUCCUUUGCCUGGUCACCUACGAAGAGGUGACAUUGAUGAUCAUGGGAAUCAUAGGUAUGGUGAGCAUAUGGCUCCUGACUUGCACCCCAACCAAAUUGGUGCAGAUGAUGUUUUUGGCCCUGAAGGACCUGGCCAUUUGAUGAAGGGAAAAUUUCCAGGCCCAGGAUAUUUGUCUGGUCAUUUCAAUAUGGGUGAGACUGCUGGGCCCGGUCCUUUGCCUGGUCAUGGCCGUGCAGGAGAACUUACAGGGAAUUUUCCUCGUCCUCCGUUCUCUCAGUCUGCAAGAGGUGAUUUGCCUAGUUUCCAACAUCUCGGGGAGCCACCCAUGAGGAACAACUAUCCGUUCCAUGGAAUGCCAAAUGCUGUACAUUUCUCUGGUGGAUUGGAUUCGUUUGAUCAGUCCAGGAAGAGGAAACCUAUUAGCAAUGGAUGGUGCAGGAUUUGUGAGUUUGAUUGUGAAACAGUGGAAGGAUUGGAGAUGCAUUCUCAGACAAGGGAGCACCAGAAUAUGACUAUGGAUAUGGUUAAACGCAUCAAAUUGCAAAACAAAAAGCCAAGAGCUCCUGGUGGCCAUAAGAUACAUGAAGGAGGAAACAGAACUAGAAAAGUGGGCACUGUUGGCCAUGGAAGCAAGCAUUGAUCCUGGUUGAAGUUUUUUUGUUGGAAAUCUUAUCCUGGGUGCUGCUUUCAGUCUGGAGUGUUUCAGGAUUGAAGGUUUUUGGCAAUUAGAUCAUUUCAAUUCAACCUGUCUUUUCUUCGGGGAAGCAGAAGAGUAAAAAGGCUGAAAGUUAAGCAGGAUGGUUGCCCGCUUUUGAAUUGGGGGUAAGGACAUGGUUGGUGCAGAGUUUACUUGAUAGGUGAUUUUUUACCUAAAUUUUCUUAAUAUACGUUAAUCUUCUGUGAGCUCAUAUAAGAAAUAUUAUCAGGUUGGAUUUACCACAGUGGUUCUUAAAAUAAUCUUUUUUAGAGUGUUCUUUAUGAUGUAUUUCGAAGUUGAGUUGGGUCAUAGUAUCUUUGGUUGCCUGCUUCCUAUAUGAUCUGGAAGCUUUUGAGAAGACAAGCUUCCAAAUUUGCAUAAACAUAGAAUACAUUGUUUUUAUAGAAAUGAUAGUGUAUCAUAAUUUUAUUUGAGUUUAGUAAAUAGAGGUCUAAUGGAUCAGUUUUAAUGAUCUCUUAGAUAAGGACUUUAUUAUGUUAAACACUUCUUGGGUAAAAAACUGAAAUAGGUUGGUGAAGUAUAAUUUAGUUGCUGAGUUAAAGUUUGUCUGCAUGGAGAACUUUAUCUUAUAACAACAUAAUAAUGGAAAUAAAAUUAGUUUGCUAGCAAGUCUUCUGUGUUUUUUGUAGAUGCAACGAGAUCCAAAUAUUUUUAGGAUGUCAAACUGGACAUUUGAACAAUUCUGGUAACUUCCUAUAACAGUUGAAUGCAAAUUUUCUAUAUUAGGCUUCAGUUAGUUUCACAUAAAAUCCUUUCUCGUGUAUUUGUGGAUUUAACUAAUUACCCCUCCUACUUUAGUAGAGUAUCAUCUUAGGCAUGGGUUUUUUUUCCUUUGUGCUCAUAAAUUCAUAAUCUCUCCCUUGUUGGGUGCUUCCUGAUUCAAGUGAGAUCAGAUUCUUGACUAUUCAGAUCACUAAAACAAUAAAUAUGGAGAUGGGGUGAUAAAUAGACAGUCUUUGGCCUGAUUGUGACUGUUAACAUCCGAGUAAAUCGUAUCCAGAAAAAUGAAUUAAUCUGAUAAGCUAUGACUUCAAAAUGUCAUUGUAAAAGAUUUAGAAAAAAGAUGAUAAUGACUGAGACAGAAGCGUCUAGAUAGGCUCAAGAUGUUUAAAUACUAUUUGUUGUUUGUGUUUACCUCAGUUCAAUGAAUAACAUGCAAAUAAUUAAUGGGACAUAAUAGAUUUUGCUACUGCUAGUAUAGCAUUCUUUCUGGAAACUGGUAUAGCAUAGUUUUCUUGUAGUUGUAAUUUUGCCAUAUUGACCUUUCUUAAUUUUCCACAUUUUGCGUUUUAUCUACUUUUGCUUUAUCUUUUAACCUACUUCCAUUUCUUUUCAUCAAUGAUAUGAAAAUGAUUCAAGCUUCUUAUCUAAUAUGGUUGUAUAACUGGAUUUCAGAGAAUUAUUCUGGGAACUAAAUAUGAGCAGCUUUGUACAUUUCCUUAAAACUGGUGUUUUCUUGUCCCGCUGACAGUCUAUUUUGAUCCAUAGUCUUCUUGGCCCUGUUUGAAAUCUUUAGAUCUACAUAGCAACUGAGUUGUUUGGACAUAUCUAGUUUUUUGAUUUCAUCGAGUGAUUCUCAUGCCAGAAUCAUAAGACUUAUUCAUGACACAUAGAAUGCUGCCUUGAAUGUGGGUAAUUCAGCAAUCCAAUAUGGUUAUGAUUAUAUUAGGCUCUCCGGCAACUAAUUCCUUUAGACGCUACAACCUCAGAUUUGGUUAUGAUUAGGACUCAGAAAACACGAAUACUGAAGAUUACCUUGGACUUGGUUAUGACAUAGAAUUACCAUUUGCGUAGCAAACACGAAUACUGAAGAUGACCUUGGACUUGGUUAUGAUGUAGAAUUACCAUCUGCAUAGCAAACACGAAUACUGAAGAUUACCUUGGACUUGGUUAUGCCGUAGAAUUACCAUUUGCAUAGCGAACACGAAUGCAGAACAUAGAAUUACCUUGGACUUGAUUUAUGACUGGAUACUCGACCAAUUAAAACAUUAAUAUCCAACACAAACCAUGCUCUGUGAUUAUAUUUCAUGCUAAUGCACUGCCUAGCUUGGCAGUGUAGCUUGUUUGCCUUUGACUUCUAGGAUUAACUAUGCAAGAGUCAUCAUUCUUCCUUUGUUUGUCGUUCACUUCGUCUCCCAGUCGGCAAGCAUGGCUUCAAGCUGUAGUUUAUUUGAGGGAGAUAGGCUGGUGCUGUUUUUUUUUCAAUUAUUUUUUUCUUAGUGUUAUGUGGUUCCUGGGACUGUAUAAAGAGCCUGUCUAAAUUGUUGAUGAUUAUAUAAUAAAUUCAUUUAGUUUGGAA